GCCGCGGUGCCGGAGGCUGCGUGAGGGGGCCGGCGGGCGCGGCGCACCCUUGGCCUUCCAGCCCGGGCACCUGACUCCGCCUCAUUCUUCCUCUGGCCUUCGGCCGGCGGUCCCGGGGCUCCCCACAUCCUCUCCCCCCCCACCCCAAUCCCCGGAGAGGCUCGGACCGACCGUGCCCCGGGGCUAAAGCCUCCUCUAAGCCCGGCAGGCGGACUCCGCGGCGCGCGCAGCCCCCGGCCGACCCGAGGACUCGCUGCAGGAGCACAAGUCCCUACGUCUCGUAGGCCUCUCGGGUUUUCCUCAGGUCCUUCCGGUGGUGGUGUUUCAGGAGAAUAAAAGAUUACCCGUUUAUGUUUCCCUCGUACCCUCACAUUCAGGGGGCCCAAGAAACUAUCUCCUAGUUAGGCAGUGUGGCGCUGAAAAUCCUCCGGCAAGGAACCGCGAGGGGCCCCAAGGGGAACUGUCACCACGCUGACAAUUAACCUUAGCCACUACUUCAUUUAGAAUAUAAAACAUGGAACCGAACUUUGGAAUUUAUUUUAUUCUAGAAAUAAGGGCUUUCCCCUAGCUUUUAUGAUUUUAAAAAAAUCCUGUUUGGAAAUGAUCAUCUUACCUAAUGACAAUAAUCAGGUUUACUAAAUGCUGGAUCUUUAAGCAAAGCAAGCUCAGUGCUGCAUUUUUGCUUAGCAUCACCAAAUAGAAUAACACCUCUCUUUCCCGAACCGAAUCCAGGCCUGUGCUGAAGCUUUUCUGAUUUGGGUAAAAAGUCUUUGGGUAUUCCCUUGGAAAUAAGGAAAUGCGAGCAUUACUACAGAACUCUGAGGAAACCGGCUGUAAAAUGUGCGUAUUUAACGAGAAGCGGUGCAAGUGCUCAGUACUGCUUCAACGACUGAUGACAGCCAUCUAAAGCGCCGGGUACCAGAGGGACAGGACCUCGCCGGACGGAAGAAAAUUCUGAGGCUAAGCGCGCAACCCGGGGGGGGCGGAGCCAUCGGCCGCCCCGCCCCCGGCCCUUUGUGACGUAGAACAAUGCCUGCCACGAGUCGGAACUGGGCUGCCUUUGCCUCUGGAAGCGAGUGACACGCGUGAAGGAACGCAGUUGUCAUCUGGGGCCAAUUUCAGGAAUCAUGCAGUUUUUAUUCAGGUUAAUCGUUUUCUUUUAUGUAUGGGGCAUUUGGGGAGCUCAGGGACAAAAGGAAGAGGAGAGCACAGAGGAAGUGAAAAUAGAAGUUGUGCAUCGUCCAGAAAACUGUUCCAAGACAAGCAAGAAGGGAGACCUGCUAAAUGCCCAUUACGACGGCUACUUGGCUAAAGACGGUUCGAAAUUCUACUGCAGCCGCACACAAAAUGAAGGCCACCCCAAAUGGUUUGUUCUUGGUGUUGGGCAAGUCAUAAAAGGCCUAGACAUUGCGAUGAUGGAUAUGUGCCCUGGAGAGAAGCGAAAAGUGAUUAUACCCCCUUCAUUUGCAUAUGGAAAGGAAGGUUAUGCAGAAGGCAAGAUUCCACCUGAUGCAACAUUGAUUUUUGAGAUUGAACUUUAUGCUGUGACCAAAGGACCACGAAGCAUUGAAACAUUUAAACAGAUAGACAUGGACAAUGAUAGGCAACUCUCUAAAACUGAGAUAAAUAAUUACCUGAAAAGGGAAUUUGAAAAAGAUGAGAAGCCUCGUGACCAGUCAUAUCAGAAUGCAGUUUUAGAAGAUAUUUUUAAGAAGAAUGAUCAUGAUGGUGAUGGCUUCAUUUCUUCCAAGGAAUACAAUGUAUAUCAACAUGAUGAACUAUAGUGUAUUUUAUUUCUAAAUUUUCUUAGCUACUUCCUGUACUUUAUAUAUAAAAGAGUUACUUUUCUAGAACUUGUAUUUUCUGUUUUCCCUCCAUGAGAACAUAUUUUGAUCCCCUCAAUACAUGUAAUUUUGGCAUAAUAAAUGUGUUAUUUUGCAGAUUUAACUUUCAGGAAAGAUAA